CGAUAACUGAAUUUCUAGCUGCUUUUAAUGCUGUAUCAAGAACAUCAAUCAAUUAUUAUGAAUGGUCUUUCUUACCAAAGCCAUUUGACAUAGCCUGAAAUAUAACGACUCCUAAAAAUUUACAUUAACUGUCUCUCCAAGAUAUUAUUAUAUACAAUAACGGAGCAACUUUCCUUCGGGUGGCAAUGGCUGUAUUAAAUUUCACAUUAAGCGAAGAAGGGGUCAGCCGUUUUAGAGACGCAUUGGCGUGUCUUAAUAAAUUCAGUGACGAGGUUUCACUGGAGGCGAAGAAAGACAAACUAGUCUUUACUACUCUAAAUCCUUCCAAGACGGCGUAUUUGUCUUUCUCCUUCGUGGCAAAACGCUUCUUUUCAAGAUACCAUUUUGAAGGUGUCCCUCAGAAUCGAGAGAAGUUCUUUUGCAAACUACAUAAUCGAGCUCUGCUCUCCAUCUUUAGGGCUAGAAGUGGCGACCCUUUGCAUGAUAGGGAAAAAGACACCAUCAUUGACCAUUGCGAUGUGGCAAUAGUAGAUGAGCCUGACAAGAAAAGCCGGUUCAUAGCUAAAAUAGUAUUCCGCAAUGGCAUAACUACCAAGUACCGGCUGCCAUUUGAGCUGACGCCUCCGGUCCACGGCAAGUUUAAUGGAAGUGAAGCUUCUAACCAUUGGUCCAUACCAGCUCAGUCCUUGCGUCAAAUCAUGGAAUAUUUUGGCCCCGGCAUAGAAUAUCUCGAUUUUCAUUCUGAGGACGACGACACCGUCAAUUUUACAUGUUUCACUGAAAAGGUUAAGAAUGGCGAGGAAGUCCUAAAGAAACCCCUUCACACGUCUAUUGCCGUAGAGCGGGAUGAAUUCGAGGACUUCGAGGUUCACGAGGAUAAACUGCAUAUCGUCAUUAGCGUAAAAGAUUUCAGGGCAAUUAUCCAGCAUGCAAACUCCCUCGGCAGUCAAAUCAUGGCAUUAUAUUCCGUACCAACUAAACCACUGCUACUCAAGUACGAGGGCGAUGGGAUUCAAUGUGAAUUCCUUUUGAUGACUGUCGGCGAAAGGGGAGCGCCCGGACAGAAGUCCAAGAAGAACCGCAGUGGCGCUAAAGGACCAAGACCGCCACAACUUGAAGCUGCAACUAGCAGGGCUGCAUCGCAUGCGCCGACACCAGUACCAAGGAUGGCCCCUCAGCCGCAAGCACCGCGACCCGAGCUUGUGCCUUCUCUCAGACCAUCAAUUACCCGACCAUCUCAGCGACCACCUCCGGCCACAUUUGAGUCCGAGUCGCUCUUUGUGCCCCAGGACGACGAAGGUCAAUGGGAUCCCGUGAAUGUUGGCGAAGAGGACGAGGAAGAGAACGCCCGAUUGGAAUGGGAUAUGAGGGACGACUUCCAUGGACCAGCAACGAAUACGAGGACCAUGAUGACAAGCCGGAACACUCGGGAUUUUACUUCCAACGAUGCUUCCGAGGAUGUCCUCUCUCACUUUGAACCAACUCAACGCCUCUCGCAAGUUCGUAAGUUCGGACUUUUCGACGAUUAGAGGCCUGCAAGAUAGCAUCACUUUUAUGCUCG